AGAGGUCAAUGAGUUGAGUAGAAUCCUACACCGCCUGUGUGGUAAAAAUUUUGUUCGCAUAUCUUGCAGGGUAUAUAAUAAUAAAACAGUGUCAUUAUUUUGGGGUGGUAAAAAUGUACGAUUUACCGUGACUUCCCAGUUAAUUUUUACCUCCAAAUUCAGUUCAAAUUAUGUAAAAUAUUUCAAGUAUUCACUAUAGAAUUUUAGUAACUACGUUAGUUUGAAAUAAUGGCGAAACAGUACGAUAUUCUGAUCAGGCUUUUGAUGAUCGGUGAUUCCGGAGUUGGAAAGACGUGUAUGCUAUGCAGAUACACGGAUGAAGGUUUUAUCACGCCGCAUAUAUCAACAAUAGGUAUUGACUUCAAAAUGAAGAAUUUAUUAUUAGAUGACAAGAGAAUCAGGGUACAGAUUUGGGACACUGCUGGUCAGGAGAGGUACGAUACUAUUACUACACAGUACUUCAGAAGAGCUCAGGGGUUUGUGUUAGUUUAUGACAUCACAAGUGAGGCAUCGUUCCUUAAUAUUCAGAAAUGGAUGACGAUGGUUGCAGAGCAUGCAGGUCCUGAUGUGGAGAUGUUUUUAGUUGGCAAUAAGAGUGAUGCAGAAGCUCUCCGUACAGUGACAGAAGCCGAGGGAGUUAGAUUUGCAAAGGCAAAUGGAAUGGAUUUCAUCGAGACGAGUGCACACAACAGUACUAAUGUCAACGAGGCCUUCAUGAUGCUGACCAAGCAAGUGAUGAAGAAGCGCAGGAAGUCAAUAGAGAAACAGAUGGAGAAUAUACGACUGUACACGAGGGAGGAUAGUCGAGGGGACCUAGAGUGUCCCUCAGAAGGGAAGACCGCCACCAGCUGCUGCUGAUAGUCACUCCAAUUCUUGCCUUGGUAUUUAUCCUCUUUGAGACUCGACCCUACAAUCAGUUUGUGACAUCCUACAACUGCUUGCCAAUGUUGGGCAUUUUGGAGUCCAUUGCCAUUGGCCUCUGUAAGAUCCUCCAUGGUGCAGGUGUUAUGCAGCAAGCCCUGGUUCAGUAGGUGGUCCAUAGUCUUGGGCCCUUGUCCACACACUUAAGGUAUCAGUGACAACAACUCUUUGAUUUUUAUAUUGUUAAAGACUUGGUAAUCUUGCAUGUAUUUGUAUAUUACGGAACCUCUUGAGGAAACAAAACUGGUCGCUGUAAUGCGACCCAACAUUUAAACGCAUGCGAGACAUGCACAUUAUAUACAAGGUGGCCUUUAACUUGUGUUUGUUUGAGGUGGUAAAUCUGUACGUAAACAGUUUACUGUGACUAUUUUUGUUGCUCUACACUUUGCCAUGUUUUUAAAUAUUGUGUGUAUUUAAGGUACAGGAGUAUCUGCAUAAGAUAGAUGAACUUUUAUUUCCUGAAAAACUAUUUCUAGUAACUGUCAAGUAUUUCUAAACAAUGCUAUGCUAUUGACCUAUUUCACAAUGCACAGCACACUUAUUCCCACAUCCUAUCCACCAUGUGGGGAGCCUAAAUGUACACAAAGGAAUUCACCCCCCCCCCCCCCCCACAUGCAGCUAUUUUGAAUGUCUUUAACCUUUGUCAUAUUAUCAGGAGCCUCUCGGAAUAGUGUCGUUUAUUUUUUGACUAAUUUUGUAAAAAGAUAUUCAGGCUUGAGAUUUGAUGUAGUGUUGAAGAUUUUACCAAUCAGUUUAUAAUGCACAAAU